UCCUGGUGGUACAUUUUCGCAGUUCGGAUGUGUCAAGUUUCGAUCUAAGUUAAAAGGUGUUAAGUAGAAAAUGGACCCUCCAGAAACAACUGUACCGCCACCACCGCCGCCAAUCGGUCGCGUUAGGGCUAAACAUUGUGAUGUGCGCGGCUGUGAUGCGGAUAGUUUACGCAACCCGGACCUGUUGUUCGUGGCAGUCCCGAGCCAUUCCUAUCCUGAACGCCGCUUUGUAUGGCUAACGCUGAUGCAGUCUGUGCGGGAUAAGAAGCGAAGCUAUUGCUGUUCACGUCACUUCAAGAUACCCGAUGAUUAUAGAGAUUUCAAUGAGUUCAUAUCGGCCCCUCCCGGGUACAAGCGCCAGUUGUUAGUGAACAAGGGCGUCGUGCCUCACCUCAAUAUGCCUCCGCUUGUCUUGUCUGGGCUGCCACCACUGACGAAUCGAUGGCCGUUGACACUGCCUGACAGUAUGCGAGAAAAUUAUAAUCGCGGUAAACAGAGCGAUAACUCACAACAGCAAUCGGUGAGUGGUUUUUCUCCACCGGGGAUGUCCGGAAUUCCGAUGUCAUCGGUGACAGCCCCGAACAUGCAUGGGAAUGCCGGAUCCCAGCGGAUGGUUUCGUACAGGCCGAACAUGUCGAUGGCCAAAUUCUGCAAAGCUGUACAGACGGAAGCGAAUCCGGUGAGUGGCCCCCGUAUGAUGCAACCAAGUCUGCAGUAUUGUCGGUUAUGCUUCAAACGGCAGAAUCUUGAACCGAUCUUCACCGGAGAUCAGACGCUGAUCGAACCGGAUUUGAUUGAUAAGAUUUACGGAUGCACGGAAGUGAUGAUCACCGUCGAGAAUGACUUCCCAUCUUCGAUAUGCACCGAUUGUUACGGAAGCGUACAGGACUUUAAUAAGUUUCGCAAAUUGGUUCAGCAAAAUAAUGAAUCCCUACGUUUGGUGAAUGCGGCUGUCGUCAACUCCGGUUCAUCGAUGUCCAUGGUACGUUCUAAUUCCAACGAAGGGAUUAGACAUUCCACUGUAAGACCUCUAUCCAUGGUGACUCCAGUGCGCUCCAUACCGACGAUUAUGAGACACUCCAUGAGCAAGAUAACGCCUUAUCGUCCACCACCGAGUGUCCCUGUGGCUAGUAUUCCGAGACCAUUCAUUCAACGAAGAACUGUUUCUGAGGAUGACGAUUUGCUUGAAGUUGGACGUGUCGAAGAUGUUCGGACGUAUCAACGGCGGAAAAUGGAAAAGCAAAUGUCACGAGGUCCCCGCGAGACUCAACCUAGAUUUUCCUUUCCACCUCCGGGAAAGUCAGUCGAUUUGGACCCGUUGGGUGCCGGUGGUUUUAGUACAUCGCAAAUAAAAUCUGUCGAUACCGAAAAUUCACUUGCAAAAGGUGUUCAGGCACAAGAUCGCGUUGUUCCGGUAACUUUAAUCCGUAUUAUGCCAGAGGUGGACAAUGCUGUAGAGUCGAACACGCCACAGCAAACUGAUGACCAACUGAAGCAGGAAGAUCUUGGAGUCGAAACAUCUCCCAAAAGAAAUUUCCUGCAACCAAAACCGAUUGAAGCUCUUACCGGAAGCACCGAGAACAAACUGGACUCACCGAAUGUACUGCAAGCGGUCAAGCUAAUACCGGCUUCUGCGGCGAAGUCCUUUACGAAAGUUAGACCAGCUGGAGCUUUUUUGAGACCUGCUUCAUCAAAGGGUCUUAAUAUGCAGCGAAUGUUGAAGAUUAUUAGACAUGGCGAUAAGAAAUCACACCUCGGUUCGCAAGUAAGCUCUAAGAUAGCGCGGGCAGUGAAGUUCCCGGGCACAUUGACGACGCUGUUUUCAAAACCGAAGAAGUUACCAAAACCAACGACGCAAACCGCUGAGGAACAACCGAAAAUUGUUAAUCCCCCUAAAGUGUCAAAACCUGUAGCUAUACCGCAGGUUCCUGACGUUGUGAAGGAUAUAAACGAAACUGAAAUGCCAGAGAAAUUGCCCGCCGAGCAAGCGCAGCUCAAACAACAAAUCAACAAAUCAGAUCAACCAAAAGAGACGGCCAGAGAAAAGCUUGAAGUUAAUAAUUCUCCCACAAUUUUCAAAUCUAUCAGAACACCCACUCCCACUCCCAAGAUUCUGAAGGAAGGUCAAAUAUCGGAUAUGUCACCCGGCACGCAACUACAAACCAAACUGCAGAUGAACAAAUCUGAUAGGUCUAAACAAAAAGAAAAUGACAUCCCCGUGAAGCCAAAGGAAACUUCUCGGCCAAAACCAAACGCAGAAAUAGCGCAGCGACCCAAACCUCCGGCAUCGAAAUCAGAGCGACCGCAGCAGAAAGAGAACGAUGCUCCUGAAAGUUCGAAACAACCUCCGACGGAAGCGUCCAGCAAUGUACCUCCGGUGUCGCCACGAUCAACUCGCGAACGAAAAAUCCCUCUUAAAUUCCAGAACACCGUUGGGUUUCCGAUGCCUAAGAUGCUUGAUAUCAAGCAGGAACCGGAGGAAACAGUUGUGGAACCGCCGGAGCUGGCGACAGAGAGUCCGAAAACGCGAUCUGCAGCCGUUAAGAAACCAACUAGUUCGAAACAAUCACAAGUGGAACAGGGAAAAACGAAAUCUGACCAAGAAACUCCGGCUGUUCGAAGUCGGCCUGUUACGCGAAGGUCCGAUCCAACGGUAGCGGUAAGCAAACCGGUCGCAACGAAAUCUUCGGCGGAUAGCAAACCGAAACAAACGGCCAAACCGGACUCUGUUACUGCUAAAGUUCCGGCAGUACCUAAACCGCAAACGGUGCCAAGGGUAACCGAAGCAUUACGCCUUCGAGCGUUAAAACGGAAAUCACUUCCCGAGGUAAAAACAGCGAGUACUCUACCACCGAAGAAAUCACCCAAACUGAACGACCCGAAACAAGGCAGAUUGACACCGGCGACGAAAGCCAAGCAAACACAGCAACAGCAACAGAGAGCAAACGGAUCUCGGAAGAGUGCUCCGGCAAAGGUUCCCAUUGUCAAAGAGGCAGCGACGGAAACGAAGAGCCCCUCGUCGAAAAGUAUUCAAUCAUCGCAGGACUGGAAGUGUCCUUUCUGCUCCGACAAGGUGUUCGACCAAAAGAAGGGUCUGGUUCGACACCUGCGCAAACGGCAUGGCAUGGACUAUGCCCUUGUGCGGCAGCGUUUGGCCAUCUACGGGGGAAACUGGCGAUAGACGAGAUCUCUGUUUAUUUUUUUUUUAUUUGUUGAGUUAAUUCGAAUAAAGUAUGUAAAUAAUCUGCUUCUA